GUUUGCUUCCUGUCAUUGUCCUGCACUCUCGACAGCACUACCCAUGGCGGGAUGGUCGUCGCGAUCCUUGUUGUCCUUUCUGCGAAUGUCUCGCAAUGGGCCAUCAUCAACUCUGCUCGCAUUCACUCUCAUAGUCGGUCUCUUGGGUGGAUUCAUUCUCUCUUCGGGACAGCGGAGAUCAGAUUUCUGUCCACUGCCUCUCAGCGAACCUCCACAAACGCCACACGUACCAGUGUAUCACUCGAACGAUCCGCUGCUGGUCAGCGAUGAACUUGACUUGGAGAGUCUGCAGGCCAUAGUCUCCAGAACUCGUGGGUAUUAUGCUCGGGACUACAGCAUGACUCUAGGAUGGAACAAUAUGCGCUAUAUCAUUGAAACGGCCCUUCACCAUGGCUCAUUGCUCAACCGUACUGUAAUAAUACCGUCCUUUGUAUAUGCCCGAGCAUGUGAAUACAGCAAUGAUGUCUGUGCGGCGUAUGCCACCAUGGUCAACCGGGGGGACGCCGUUAAUUCGGACGAGUGGCGUGAGCUCCCCGAAGACAAGCAGAUGGCCUGGAAGGUGCCCAUUUCUGAUAUGUUCAACUUGAGCCAUCUUCGACGCACACAAUCUGUCAUAACUGUUGCCGACUACCUCCGGUUACAUAACCUCCCUGAAGAUCUUGAGCUGAGCACGGGUCAAUGGGACGCUGCGAAAUACCAUCAAAACCCAAGCGUAUUCGAUAGUCACGGUAAACCACCGAGCUUGCAUGUCAUCGAGAACCAAUGGUACGAUCCAUUACGCCUCAAUCGCGUGGAUAGAAUUCCAGAGGAAAUGAAAGAAAGGGGGAAGUGGAAUCCACGACUUGGGGAUAAAGCUCAGGAUCAAUACGGUGGAUGGAAAACGCCGUCAAGAACAAAGGCGUACCAUGUUCUGGAACUGAUGCUUGCCGGUAGACAAUUCGUUUUGGGCUGGGACCAGGCACGUGCGAUACUGGAAUCCAAUGGUAUCGGAGGCGUCUCGACAGAUGAAGGCUUGACAGAGGUACUCCUCAGCAAUGGUUGGGAAGUCCUCUAUACGUUUGAUGGCGCGCUUGGCAUGGACUACGUUAAGAAUGUUGUUAAUCCUAUCAAACAAGUCGCGCCUCACAACUCGAUUCGCGGAUUUGUGGAUGACUUCUACAACUUCACAGAAGAUGUUCUUCUCCUCAAAGGGGAGAUACACUACGAGCGUAAACCCGCAAGCAUGCUGUUCACAUCCACGGCUGGGCGGGACAAGUUUGCGCGUUUAGUGUUGUAUGAGAUAACCCACACAGAUUCGGUAAAAGAGCUCGCAGAAGCUAUGUCCGACCGGAUGCGAGAUAUAGUUGGUGGAAGGAUGUGGAUGGGCGCACAUAUGCGUCGUGGUGACUUCGUGAGAUAUCACUGGGUGAUGCAUGAUGACUUCGGGGAACACCUCUCACGGAUAAAAAAUCACCUUGACGCCGGUCGGGAAGUCCUCCGUAACCUGUCACCUGCAUCCUUGGACACCUACGCUGUACCAGACGCAAAGAGCAACGCCGAAUAUGUGCAGCUCCAUCCCCCAGAGCGAGGGGAUAAAUUCUACAUCGCCACGGACGAACGGGAUACCGGAAAUCUCGCAUAUCUCACGGAACGCGGAGCGAUUCGUGCUUCGGACCUCAUCACCAUCGAGGACCGCAGGCGAUUUGGCUGGCCAUUGCUUCUCACGGACGUUCUUGGGAUCGUUGAGCAGGAAUUACUUGCACGUGCAUCGUUCUUUUACGCCCAUGCACUCAGUUCGGUUGCUGGAGGUGUCAUAAAUUUGCGCGCAGCCAAUGGUGCUGACCCACGUACCGCGCAGAUAGACUAAUAUCCCGACGGUCAUGUCAUCCACUUUCUUUAACUAUAUGGAUUUUUACCAGGGGUUGGUCGUUAAUAUUCACCAUGAUACCUCGAUGAUACCCACAGCGUAUCUCCCAAGCUCGUUCGAGGUAUCGAUUCCGGACCUUUCGUCGACGCAUCAGCAAAAUCGUCCUUGUGUACUUGUCAAGUACUGGCGCAUCUGAAAAUAGUAAAGGAGACGUCGAAGUGGUCCCCAGUUAGUUGCCAGUUCCACCUCACCGGUAAUGGGGGGGGAAGAUUUUUAGUACAUGAACCUUGUUGAAAUGCUGGACCUGUAGCUGUUGGAGCUACUAGUAGUGGAUGGUUGAAUCCUCACCCCGACUUAGCCUCCGUCUAUGGAAAUGAUCGAC